AUUUGCAUUUCCAAAAAUAGCCCCAUUAAAAAAAAACAACGACCGAGGGAGCAAAGGUCUUCCUCUUCUCGAGAAGCUGCUUCUGGUGUGAUCGUCUUAUUUGCUCUGAAUUUCUCUCUUACACGCACCCUCUGCAAUUUCUCUAUUUCUUUGUUCAUAUAUAGCCGCAAUAGGCACGAUGACAGUCAUGACUCCUGCCCCUAUCGAUCAGCAGCAAGAUGAUGAUGAGAUGCUGGUGCCACACUCGGAUUUGGCUGACAAUCACCAACCCAUGGAGGUUGUUGCACAACCUGAAGCUGCCAAUAGUGUGGAGAACCAACCACCGGAAGAUCCUCCUUCAAGAUUCACAUGGAAAAUUGAGAACUUUACAAGAUUGAAUACAAGGAAGCACUAUUCAGAUAUUUUUGUUGUUGGUGAUUAUAAAUGGCGUGUGCUUAUUUUUCCAAAAGGGAACAAUGUGGACUUUUUGUCAAUGUACCUAGAUGUUGCUGAUUCAGCUAAUUUGCCUUAUGGGUGGAGCAGAUAUGCACAGUUUAGUUUGGCAGUGGUUAAUCAAAUCAAUCCCAAGUAUACAAUUAGAAAAGAUACACAACACCAGUUCAAUGCACGAGAAAGUGAUUGGGGUUUCACAUCCUUCACUCCUCUUAGUGAACUAUAUGAUCCUAGCAGAGGAUAUAUUGUGAAUGAUACUCUAAUAGUUGAAGCUGAGGUUCUUAUUAGAAGGGUUGUGGAUUAUUGGACAUAUGAUUCAAAAAAGGAAACUGGUUAUGUUGGACUCAAGAACCAAGGUGCAACAUGUUACAUGAACUCUCUCCUUCAAACUUUGUAUCAUUUUCCUUACUUCAGGAAGGCCGUGUAUCAUAUGCCUACAACUGAGAAUGAUAUGCCUUCUGCAAGUAUCCCUUUGGCUCUACAGAGCUUAUUUUACAAGCUUCAGUACAGUGACAGCAGUGUUGCAACAAAAGAACUAACUAAAUCCUUUGGAUGGGAUACAUAUGAUUCUUUUAUGCAGCAUGAUGUGCAAGAACUUAAUAGAGUUCUAUGUGAAAAACUUGAAGACAAAAUGAAGGGAACUGUUGUGGAGGGCACCAUACAGCAAUUAUUUGAGGGUCACCAUAUGAACUACAUUGAAUGCAUCAAUGUGGAUUACAAAUCUACAAGGAAGGAAUCAUUUUAUGACCUUCAGCUUGAUGUAAAAGGCUGUUGUGAUGUUUAUGCUUCUUUUGAUAAAUAUGUAGAAGUUGAACGUCUUGAGGGUGAUAAUAAAUAUCAUGCUGAACAAUAUGGGUUGCAGGAUGCUAAGAAAGGUGUGUUAUUUACUGACUUCCCCCCUGUCCUUCAACUUCAGCUAAAACGAUUUGAGUAUGAUUUUAUGCGGGACACAAUGGUAAAGAUUAAUGAUCGUUAUGAAUUCCCCUUGCAACUUGACCUUGAUCGAGAGAAUGGCAAAUAUUUAUCACCUGAUGCUGAUAGGAGCGUUCGCAACUUAUACACUCUUCACAGUGUUCUGGUUCACAGUGGUGGAGUACACGGUGGACAUUAUUAUGCUUUUAUCAGGCCAACACUUUCUGCUCAAUGGUAUAAAUUUGAUGAUGAAAGGGUAACAAAAGAAGAUAUGAAGAGGGCAUUAGAGGAGCAGUAUGGUGGAGAAGAAGAAUUGCCACCAACAAAUCCUGGAUUUAACAACACUCCCUUUAAGUUUACCAAAUAUUCUAAUGCGUACAUGCUGGUAUAUAUACGGGAAAGUGACAAGGACAAGAUAAUAUGUAAUGUAGAUGAGAAGGAUAUUGCUGAACAUCUUAAGGAGAGAUUGAAGAAAGAACAGGAAGAGAAAGAGCACAAGAAGAAAGAAAAGGCAGAGGCACACCUGUACACUAUAAUAAAGGUUGCACGAGAUGAGGACCUUGCAAAGCAGAUUGGAAAAGAUAUAUAUUUUGAUCUUGUGGAUCAUGACAAAGUCAGUAGUUUUCGAAUUCAAAAGCAGAUGCCUUUCCAUCUUUUUAAGGAAGAAGUUGCUAAAGAGUUUGGUGUAUCCGUACAAUUUCAACGCUUUUGGCUGUGGGCCAAACGUCAAAACCAUACAUAUCGUCCUAAUCGGCCAUUAACACUUUUGGAGGAAAACCAAUCUGUAAAUAAUGUUGGACAGUUGAGGGAAGCCUCAAAUAAGGUUCAUAAUGCUGAACUUAAGUUGUUCUUGGAAGUAGAACUUGGGCCGGAUUUAUGUCCCAAAGCUCCACCUUACAAGACAAAGGAAGAUAUAUUGCUUUUUUUCAAGCUUUAUGAUCCUGAAAAAGAAGAGCUACGUUAUGUUGGUAGGCUUUUUGUAAAGACUAAUGGUAAGCCAACAGAAAUAUUGACAAAAUUAAAUGAGAUGGCUGGCUAUGCUCCUGAUGAAGAGAUUGAACUUUAUGAGGAAAUUAAGUUUGAGCCCAGUGUAAUGUGUGAACCAAUUGACAAGAAAUCAACAUUUCGAGCUAGUCAGCUUGAAGAUGGAGACAUUAUUUGCUUUCAGAAAUCUCCCUUGGUUGAAACUGAUGAACAGUUCCGCUGUACUGAUGUUCCAACAUUUUUGGAAUAUGUGCAUAAUCGCCAAGUAGUUCACUUUCGGUCUCUAGAAAAUCCCAAGGAAGAUGAUUUCUGUCUGGAGUUGUCAAAGCUUCAUACUUAUGAUGAUGUUGUUGAAAGAGUGGCUCAGCACAUUGGGUUAGAUGAUCCAUCGAAAAUAAGAAUGACAUCUCACAACUGUUACUCUCAGCAACCCAAACCCCAGCCUAUUAAGUACAGGGGGGUUGACCAUUUGUCUGAUAUGCUGGUCCACUACAAUCAGAUUUCUGACAUAUUGUACUAUGAAGUAUUAGACAUCCCUCUGCCAGAACUACAAGGUUUGAAAACUCUGAAAGUAGCAUUUCAUCACGCCAACAGGGAUGAAGUGGUUAUUCAUACAAUUAGAUUACCAAAACAGAGCACUGUGGCAGAUGUAAUUAACGAUCUGAAAACAAAGGUGGAGUUAUCUCAUCCAAAUGCGGAACUCAGAUUACUUGAAGUUUUCUAUCACAAGAUUUACAAGAUUUUUCCACCCAGUGAGAAGAUUGAGAACAUAAAUGAUCAAUAUUGGACUUUAAGGGCAGAAGAGAUCCCAGAAGAGGAGAAGAAUCUUGGUCCCAAUGAUCGCCUCAUUCAUGUAUACCAUUUUACAAAAGAGACAGCUCAGAAUCAGAUGCAAAUUCAGAACUUUGGUGAACCUUUUUUCUUUGUAAUACAUGAAGGGGAGACAUUGGCAGAAAUAAAAACGCGUAUACAGAAAAAACUGCAAGUUCCAGAUGAGGAGUUCUCUAAGUGGAAAUUUGCAUUUCUUUCUCUUGGUCGUCCGGAGUACCUUCAGGACUCUGAUAUUGUGUCCAGCCGUUUCCAGAGAAGAGAUGUUUAUGGUGCUUGGGAGCAGUAUCUUGGAUUGGAGCACUCUGACAGUGCUCCUAAGCGAGCUUAUACAACUAACCAGAAUCGCCACACCUUUGAGAAGCCAGUUAAAAUCUACAAUUAGUGAGUUUUAAGAAGAGAAUUUCAUCAGGAAUGUUGGAUGAUUGACAAUGAAUGCAUUUUGCCUGUAAAAAUGGGGAGAAUUGUGAACAGAAUACACUCUGAAGGUUUUGCUCUUGUAUGUAAUUCUUCACUAGCGUGAAUCAGAAAGAGACAAAAUCUGCAAAUGUCGGCCACAGCCAUCAGGCAUGUAAUUACUUCUGGCUAUAGUUCAGUGACCUUUGGCUCAGACUAGUGUAAUUUAACAGUAAAUAUUACAAGUUUUUGGGUUAGUGAAUAUUUACAGGGUAUAGUUGAUCUUUAUCAUUUUUGCCUUGUUAAUGUUCACCUGAUUUUCCUAGUGUAGUUGUGAACAGUAAAAUGAGGAUACUGUGUUUAAUAGGUAUCUGAACAUGUUCAUUUCUUCCUUUCCAAAAUUUUUUAGACAAAAGAAACUCUUCUGGAGCCUCAUUUCUUAUUGUCACUGAAAGAAUUUGCAGUCUUGGUGACUUAGUUUUGGGCUGUAAAGGAUAUUUUUGUUUGUUAAUAAUAUAUUACCAUUUUCCUAAA